AUGGACCUUUUCUGUUUCAUCGCUCUUGUCCAUGCAAAGCCUAUUCUUCAUGAUUUAUUAAAAGACAAAUUAACUGACGGUGGAUUUCAUGAGGUAGAAAAGAAUGGUAAACUAUUUUUGGUAUACCAUCACCCUAAGUAUUGUCCCAUAUCCCAAAUACAUACCCCAACCUCCUCCGCUGAGCUUUCUCUUCAACCUCUUUUCUUAUGUCCUACUAAACGACAGCAAAAGGACGUUUCUUAUGCUAAUGAUAGCAUUUAUCUACUAAGUUCUUCCCCCGAGUACGUAAUUCCUACAACAACGGAUUCUUCUGAUCAUCAUGUACUCCCUCUGUUUUGGUGCAACAAUAAGGAAUUUGAUACCAAUGGUGGGUGUGACAUAUGCAAUGGCUCAAAUUUUGGUACAGACUAUUACUUCUGUAACUACUGUGAUAAAAAAUUCCAUAGGGAGUGUAUCCAGUCUCCACUAAAAAUUAAUCAUCCUUACCACCCUCAACAUCCUCUCCAACUUUCCACUCGUUAUUAUAUGACUUUCGAUAAUAUUGAGUGUUUAUGUUGUAGAAUAUUAGCAAAUGGGUUAAUGUAUCAUUGUACGAUAUGUCAUAUUUCUAUGCAUCCAACAUGUGCGAUGAAACCAAUAACCUUUGUUGUAGACCCACAAAAAAACCAUAUUCAUCCUCUCAUGUUUUUCCCCAGACAAACUUGCUUAACUUGUAACCUUUGUGGUUGGCUGAGACAAGUUUGUCCCACCAACAUUUGUGUCAGAUGCAACUUUGUAUCUCAUGCUGAUUGUAUGAAUCUCCCACACAUCAUCAAGAUAUCACGUCACCACCAUCGUAUCUCCUUCACUCUUUCUUUUCCAUCAAGAUCAGAACGGUUUUGUGGAGUUUGUCGUCAAAGUAUUAACGGUGAUUAUGGUGCGUAUACUUGUGACAAGUGUAGCGAUUAUGUUGUUCAUCCAAUAUGUGCUACAUGGAAGAAUGUGUGGGAUGGAAAAGAACUUGAAGGUGUACCAGAAGAAGAUGAUAUAACACAAGAUGUUGGGCCGUUUGAAAUGAUAUCUGAAGGAGUGAUACUUUAUUUUCUUCAUGACCAUCAUCUCCGGCUCGAGGUCAAUAUACUUUAUGACGAGAAAAAAUUUUGUCAAGCGUGUGUCCUUCCUAUCUAUGAAGAUGACUUGUAUUCAUGUAUGGAGUGUGAGUUCAUCCUCCAUGAAACAUGUGCUAAGGCUCCCCGUAGAAUUCAACAUGCCUUACAUCUUCAUCCACUUAAAAUGAAGCAGUUUCACAAUAGAGAUUUUCCCGAAUGUGAUGCUUGUGGUCGUACGUAUAAUGGCUUUGGCUAUGGGUGCAAUUACAAAGGUGGAAACUGCUUUAAUCUAGAUGUAAGGUGUGCUUCAAUUUCUGAGCCGUUUGAUUACAAAGGUCAUGAACAUCGUCCCUUGUUCAUAUCUUUAAACCAAGGAGUAGAACGUAUGUGUGACGUAUGCAAAAGAAGAUGUCUUAAACAAUUAAAUUGCAUGAAAUGCAAUUUUAUUGUAUGUUUCAGGUGCGUUACCUUACCAUACAAAGCAAAAUAUCAGCAUUACGACACACAUUCUCUCACGUUGUUAUGGGGUGACGAAGUAAGCGAGAAAUAUUGGUGUGAGGUGUGCGAACGUAAUUUACAAGAUACGGGAGCAAAAGUGUUUUACGGGUGCAAUGAAUGCUACACAUGUUUUCAUGUUGAAUGCGUAAUUGGUGCAGACCCAUAUUUGAAGCCCUAUAAUUACGUAGGAGGGGGAUCGGAGAAUGAUGUUCAGACUCUUCCCAAACGUAAAAUUUCUCGACCAUUAUGCGUUUAUUGUAAGAAUCGUUGUCAAGGGAAAAUAUUUAAGAUGGACCAUCAUAACAUGUUCUAUAGAAUUUAUUUAUAGAUUUGUUUUUUUUUUCUUAACAACUGAACUUGAUUAUAUUGUAUAAGGUUGAUACAAAUAGUGAACCAACCAAGAAGGUGGUACAGUAUAUAGGGUGUACAUAGAAGUAAAAGUAGCAGCUUGUUUAGCAGCCGAAUUUCUUUCUCUCUUCACAUGAUCCAACGAUGAGUUAGGAAACUUUGACAUCGAGAAUCGUAGUAUAUCGUUAAGUAACGGACCCAAACCCACAUUAUCUUCUCCUUUGUUGAUCAGCGUAGUUAAUUGUCGAUUAUCACUCUCGAACCAUAUAUACCGUAAGACCAUGAGUCCACAUUACCUGAAGAACAUGUAGAAAACCAAAUAUGGAUAUGAUCAAAACCUUUUACUCUGUUAGGUUCA